AUGUAAUUCUUAGAAGAAGAUGAUAUACAAUAAAUUUGUAUAUAAAAUUUAUAAUGUCUUGAUUAAUUCUGUUAGAAGGUCCAUCCUAGGGCUUUUGCAGGAGCUUGUAUCGGAUAUUUGCAUGGUUUAUGUGAAAAUUAAAAUUUAUGUGAAUUACAACACUUUAGUUUAGAUUAGUUAUAAGACAAAAUUUAAUAACAUCCUAUAAAUGGAAUUAGGUAAUAUAAUUUAUGUCCUAAAAAAUGUGAAUCAAUCAAGUGUAGGUAUGAACAUCCUCCUUGGUUGAGAAAUGUUUGUCUAUUAUGUUUGAAUAAAAAAAAAAAUUGCAAAGCAGAAACAAAUUUAAUUCAUAAAUUAACUUGGGACAAGCUUAGAGACAUUGUAUAUAAAGAAUAUUCAAUAAAUGGUUUAAAUCCAGAAUAAUUUUGUGAUUAAAAUAAUUGUGAUUGUUAAGCAAAAAAAUAUAAUUUUGAUAACUAUUGCAUAAAGAAUUUUAAAGGAAUCUGUCCUAUGUUAUAAAAUAGAUGUUUAAAGCCCCAUCUAAAAUGGGAAAAUAUGAAAGAUAAUCAACUUUAUUAAUAAUAAUAAAUGGUAGCAAAGAGUUGUAUAAAAUUUGAUUAACAAAAAUAAGAUUAUACUAAACAAAUAUAAAACAAAAAAUUGUAAGUUUUUAUUGAAUCAAGUUAACUUUCUACAAUUGUUAAUUAAAUAGAACUUAGACCUUAAGUGGACAUUAUUUUUGUAAUAGAUUGUACAAUAAGUAUGGAAGAAUGGUUAAAUGCAGCUAAAUAAAACAUAAAAUUUAUAAUCAAAGAAUUUACAAAAAAAAUAUCUGUUUCAUCUUGUGUUAGAAUAGCUGCUGUUUGUUAUAGAGAUUUUAGUGAUGGUCCUAAUCAUAUCUGGUAUCAUGAUUUUACAGUAUAACCAGAGGAAAUAGAAAAAUUUAUAGAUAAAUUUGAACCUAGAGGUGGAGAAGAUAUUCCAGAAGAUUUAAUUGGAGCUUUAGAAGUAGCAUCAAAAUUAAAUAUUUCUAAAAACCCUGAUAGCAUUUUAUAAUUAUUUGUUAUAACUGAUGCACCCUGUCAUGGAAAAAAAUAUCAUGAUUUAGUUAUAGAUACUAGACCAGAUACAAAUGAUUUAGAAGAAAAAAUAUAGAAAUUUAUCCAGAAAAAAAAAAGAUUUUUUUUUUCUUUUAUAUCAAUAAAGUAAUAUACUGAUAAAAUGGAAACUAUUCUAAAAAACUAGAUACAAAACUUUUCAAGUGCUAGAAUCACUGAAAAUAAAUUUGCUGAUUAUGUACUAUUUUCAUUAUCUGCAACUAUGAAUAAAUCAACUAAAUUUGAAGAUGAUAAUCAUUAUAUAUUUAGAGAGGCUAAAUAUAGAAAAUAACAACAAAUGAAUUUCAAAUUUGAUUAAAGAAAUGGUUCUUACUAUACAUAAUUCAAAGCAUAAAUGUAAUCAACCAAGGUCUCAAAAAAACGAACUUUAUUAUAAAUUGAAAAAUCAGAACUUUAAAUUUAAUUUAAUGAAAAAGGAUAAAAUGUUUAAGUAUUCAAAGCUUUUGAUUAAAAAAAUAAUGUUUAUGUAGUACUGAAGAUUCCAAGGUUUAUCAUAAAAAAUUUAAAUAGUGAAUAACCAAUUGCAGAAGAAUUGUAAGCUAGGGCCAAAGAUUAUGCUAAAACAAGGUAUUUAUAAUAACUUAUUGCCAAAUAAUUAUCUCAUUAUUUUAAUUAAUAAUGCUACUAAAAUAAAGGAAAUUUUUUUCCCAUUUAUUACGCGACUCCUUAUUUAUAUAAAUUUGAUAUCCCAUUUUUUGGAACAAAAAUAAUUUAUGGAGAAAGCUAUAUAGAUUUGGAAAUUCCUUGGUAGAAAUAUAGUAACAAUGGUUCAUUUUAUCUUGAAUAAUAUAAUUUUACUACUUUCUCGCAUUUCACUUAUGUAAAAACUAAUAAAAAUAUGAUUAUUACAGAUCUAUAAGGUAAAUAAAAUCUAUUUAGUGAUCCAUCUAUUCAUUCUAAAGAUAUAGAGGAUGAAGGAAAUUGUAGAGAAGAAGGAUAUAUGAAUUUUUU